GUGGUCUAUGAAGUUGUUGAGACCCCAAUAUUCAACGUCACCAGAGCCUUGUUUAUUGGCAAUUUGCGUCGUCCCUUGAAUGCAAUUGGUUUUCAAAAUUAUUUAAAGCAGUUGACGGCAGAUUUUGCUAUUGAGACUAAUGUCUCUGGGAUGGAAUACGCUGUUGAACGAGCAUGGUUGAAUAGAACUAGAACCCAUGGUAUUGUAUUGCUCAAUUCAGAAAAUGCUGCGGUUUUUAUACGUGACCGUUUGAACGCAAGUACGUACCCAUUUCCAGAUGAAGAUUUGAAGUUGAAAAGAGAAUUUGAACAGAGAGAACACGAUCGUUACUCCACUGAGUUGGCGGAAUAUGAAGAUCUGCUAAAAAAAUAUCGAGAAUCGCAGUCUGACUUGAUUACUCAUAUCCAAGAUCCUGAAGAAAUUGACCUUGAUGAUGAUUGUCGUGAUCGUUCCCCCACUUUAAUCGAACGUCCGUCGAAACAACCUGAGGAGCCUCGUGAAUUCAAGGUUGAAAGAUUGAAACUUUAUGUGGAUUACAUUCCCGUGAAGGUGAUCAAUCAAUGGAUUUUUGAAGAAGAUAAAGGACCCCGUAAUGGGAAAUGGAAGGUGGUUUAUGAAAAUAUCGAUAACAGCUUAAUUGCUCAGCAUAAAUUAUUGGAAGGUGAUUUUAUACCAAAGUACGAUAACCGAAGAAAUCACCCUAGA